AUGUCUAGUCUUCCCAAGCGCCGGUAUCAAAUGUUGUCAACCGCGGUAGAUUCGUCUCCUGAAGUGACGCCCUCGGGGCAUCCAAUCGAGUGGGGUACUUCAACUACCCAUGCCUGCACACUGAAUGGAGAAGGUUACCCUCACAAUGGAAAGGAGGCAUUGCCGAUAUUGAGCGGCAAGCAAGUUUUUUCAUAUUUGUCAACGGAAUCACCCCAGAACAUGUCCCCACUCCCGCAGAUUUACGAUGCCUAUCAACGACAAGGCAGUUCCCAAAGUGAAAGCUGGUUCACCGCCAGUUCGCUGAUGGAUUCCAGUUUGGACAGCUCACUAGAAAUGCAAAUACCCAGUGACAAAGCACCCAUAAUAUAUGGCGAUAAAUUAGGAGAGGAAACCUUAGUAAAGCAAGUUACAAAUCCCUUCUGUUUGGCCUCCAGCCACCAUAAAACAGCGGAAUGUAGAGAGGACUACAAACACUGGCCAGCGGAUCAACUGGGGCUAGGCAUGGCGAAUGAACCGCUUACUUUGACAUCUGUUCAGUCUGCUUCGCUCAACACCACCGUUAACCCACCACUCUACACUCUACGGCAUGGUUUCUCAUCCAGUAUUAAGUCAACUCAAGGAGAGGUUAGUAAAAACUCGUCCGUAGACAAGGAGAUGCUGGCGAACACCGCACCAUCCGCGAUUUUACGAAUAAAGUGGAAGCGCUUUUUUGCAUCCAGGAGAGGAGACACGCAGUCUCAAGGAGCGAAAGAUGCAAGGCACAAGUUAAACACAUUGCAUAUCCAAAAUCCUUCUAUUAAUAGUGUUCCAAUUUCCCCAAUUAACGGCCUACAGAAAACCGAGGAAAGAGCCAGUGGGGUAGCGAAACUCAGUACAUCUGUUGGGUUGCGCGAAUCGUCACUGAUGCCUGAGUUGCUUGGCUCUAAGGAUGGCUUACUAAACGAAGAGGAUGAACCUAGCGUUAAACAUGCAUCACAGAGCUCGGAUUAUAUGCGGCCAGCAGCUGAUGUGCGAGUAGAAAGCAGGGAGCGCAAGGGUGACAACUAUGGUCGGCAAAUGUCUUCUCCCGCAGUUUGUAUGAGAAAGCCUGCACACCAGCUGAGCAAAGAUCGAAUUCGGAAGAAGACUAGAGUAAGUUUAGCAUCACCCAGUAACUUGGAUGAAUUAUUCAAAUUGACGGACUCUGGGAUACAAUUGGAGGCGGAACACUUCUGUACAGACCAUGCACAGGUGCAAGAAAUCAAAUAUGGUGAAUCGCGGCGGAAUGCAGACGAAAAGAAUGUGGAUUUGGAGUCACAUCCAGUAACAGCAUACCGAUCGUCCUUUGAGUUCAAGGAACCUGUCCAGAGUGGCUUAGUGGAAAGGAAAGUCCACGUCGGAGCGUUGGCACUAGCGUGGGCAACUGGAGAGCGGAAGACAAAAAAGGAAUUUACUGCAACAGAGCCCACACGUGAAAGUCAGAUAACAAAUCGCCGAACAGGCCUUUUACCCUCAGCAGUCCAGGCAGCGGUGGAUAGUGUGAGGGCCAGUCCGAUAUCAACUGGAACCAUAUCACGCCAGAUACUGGGAAAAUUUCAAGCACAAAAACCAUCGGGUCACUUACAACUUCCACGCGAGGAUAGUGUCGAGUCAAAAGAUGAGGGAUCGGAAAGAAAGAUCGGACAAAGCCGAUUAACUGGUGACUCUCCUUUUUCCUUGAAAUUUCUUCCAUUCAAACGAAAACUAUUUCACAAAUACCGGCCGAGUCACUAUUCUGAAUAUAAGCUUCAGCGGUCAGAGGAGGAACGUACCGAAGACGAGGACUUAGGCAAAUGGAUGACUGAGGUGGACGAAAAACCAACUGGACCGCGAGCGCAGAUGCGAAGAGGUGGGAUGGACAUUGCUCCGAUGUGCCCUGCCGGUGGUCCAUUUAACGCGAAACAGGCACCAUCGUUACAGAAGCCUCAAGCUCACAACAUUAGCUGGCGGCUGAGUCGACGGAAGAUGCUGAACGAAAGAAGACGAAAAGUGGCCGACUAUUCGUUGGGGUUUGCUAUACUUGGUAUUCUGCUUAUGGUCUUUGAACUGGAAUUCCUGAUGGCAAAGGUCUACGUUCGAGAAUCCUUUUAUUCUUUGUUGAUGAAAUCAUUGAUUAGUGCAUCCACCUUCAUUCUGACAACACUGAUUCUGCUCUACCACGUGAUCGAUACACAACUUUUCUCAGUGAAUAAUUGCAUAGAAGAUUGGCGAAUCGCUACUAGCUGGAAACGGAUCAGCCUCGUUGCACUCGAGGUGAUACUGUGUCUCAUACAUCCUCCUCCUUUCAUUUCCAACUACGAUUGGUCGACAGGUUCCAUGGUGAAAUACAAGCCAUAUUCCAUACAGCGAACAAACCAGGUGUUGAAGUCAAUGAACUCAAGCGACAUUCCGCUUAUGUACCUCAAAACCGGCAACCAAACCAAUUGGCUCAACUCCAAGCGCACACAUUUUGAUGCCAGUAACAACUCAAACACAGGCAUCACACACAUGCAUUCUGUGGAACCAACUCCACUUCCUAUCAGAACCGCUGGGAUAGACCUUACCGGUCCGAGAUCAGAAAAUAUUUCCCUCGAACUCAAUUUGUGUAUUCCAAUGUUUUUUCGACUGUUUUUGAUUUUUCGCGUUCUUCUUUUACACUCCUCCUUUUUCACUGACGCUGGUUCCCAAAGUAUCGGAGCGCUCAAUCGAGUAAAAAUCAAUGUCCGAUUUGUUCUAAAAACCCUGGCCACCGCUCAACCUGGUACCAUGUUGCUCAUCUUUAUACUGUCAAUGUGGGUGGUUACGAGCUGGAUAAUGCGUGUUUGUGAGAGAGAUCAAAACCCUGAAUACGAAAAAAUGUUUAACACAAUGUGGCUCAUUGCAGUGACCUUCUUGAGUAUUGGGUAUGGAGACAUGGUACCAAGUACCCACUGUGGACGUUCCACCUCUGUUAUCGCUGGCGUCAUGGGAUCCGCCUGUACUGCAUUGGUGGUUGCUGUGGUAGCCAGAAAGUUGGAGUUGUCGCGAGCGGAAAAACAUGUGCACAAUUUUAUGCAGGACAACAAGGUAUACAAACAGAUAGCGCCACCGAUUUGCGAGGUCGCGAAUCAGCCUUCGUUAAGGAAUCAAGUAGGAUUCAUGGUAGGUGUGCCUUAA